AUGGACACUCACCAUGUCUGCUCCGCGUGUCUCGGGCUGGAACAUGCCCGCGCCGCUGUCAGCAACGCGAGCUCGUGCGCCGACUGCGCCCGCUUCACAGCGAAGAGUCUCCGCCGACGACUAGCACGCCAAGCUAGCGUCUCUGAGAGGGACCCGAUCCUUUCCAGUGCCAAUAACGAGGAACCCCAACCCGGUGUGGACGAGGAGGACGCUCCCGAAUCAGAGAUUCGGCACCGGGGCUCCACGCUGGAUUUGCUUGACCCGCUAACAGAGCCACCCCUCAUGUUGGAUUAUGAGGAGGAGGAUGAGUUCGACGGCGGGGAUUGUCUGGUGUCGGACGGUGACGACGAGGAUUAUGAAUCCUGCUUUGUCCCACCUUCACAGGCUCUCAGCUCUCCAAGCCCUGCAAAGGGCUCGGUUGGGACAAUUACGCCCCAGCCCAGUGGCGACAUGCACGAUGUGUGUAAACGCGCCGCAGAGAGACUGAAGAUUCCAUGGCCCGCGGUCGUGGCGGAGGCCUCAAGGUCCCGCUACGAAGGGAAGAAAUUACCCCAAGCAAAGAGGGCUGCGAGACAACUUCUCCCGGUGUUCCCGGAACUCCUGGAGGAAGUUACCGCCUCAUGGAAGCAGAACCCUUACUCCAGCAAAACCACCAUUCAAGGUGCGUCUUCCUUGGAUAUUGAGGGGAUGGAUAAGCAUGCCAUGGCCCGCAUGCCUCCCAUGGAGCCCCUGGUGGCAGCACACCUUCAUCCACGGCUGUCGGCUGCCUCAUCCAGGGCCCCCACACUUCCCACGAAAGCCGAUCGCUUCCAAUCUGCCAUGACUGAGCGAGCUUAUAAAGCAGCGGCUUUGACGGUGAGGGCUCUCAACGUCACCUCCAUGUUGUCAGCUUACCAAGCGGAGCUUUUUGACGACAUAGCCGACAUGCCCGAAAGUUCCGCGUGGGACGAGAUCACCACAAUCGCGGAUAUCUGCCUACGCGUCCAGCGAUGCGCUGUACAAGCGGCAGGCAAGUGCAUGUCGAUGUUGGUGUUACAAGAGAGGACGAGAUGGCUGAAUCUGACCAAUCUGUCCGAUAGAGAGAAGGAGGACAUCCUGGACAUGCCUAUUGUCCCCGAGGGUGUCUUCGGCUCCGCCCUCGCCUCAAUGCAAAAGCGCUGUGAGGCGAAGAAAAAGGAGGAUGAGGCGCUACAGCUCUGCCUUCCGAGGAAAACACCUGCCGCGGCGCCUCUGCCCCCCCGGCAGACUUUCGCUCAGGUUGCCUCUAGGAGCGCCGCUCCUGCUUUUCGCAUCCCGAAGCGCCCCAGGGCUCAACCGGGUGCGAACACCAACGGCCCCACGGAAACGAAGCCCGCUUGGCCGAGAAAGCCCUUCUAUUCCCCGUCAACCCAGACUGCUCAACCGGGCCCGACACCCAGGGGAAACAGCGUCCCACCUGUGGUGAAACAUCCCGUUCCGCUCGCUCCGAUCCUAUCAGACCGCGCAUGCGCAGUGAUACUCGGAAGAGCGCAGCUGGUACGGGCCCCCAAAGAUCGUCUGUGUCAGACAGAGCUUCACUCACCCCUAACUUUGAGGCUAGAGAGUUGGAAAGCAUGCACAGCGUCAGAAUGGGUAUUGAGAACACUGGCCAAAGGCUACAGGCUUCAAUUCGCCACAAUGCCCCCCCGUUUUCCCGGCCUCGUCUCUUCCCGUGCGCAGGGAGAGUCGGCCCGGGUGUUACGGGAAGAAAUAUCAGCUCUAUUAAACAAAAGAGCCAUACGAAUAGUGCCACACAGUCAGGGACUGGCGGGUUUCUAUUCGAGGUAUUUCCUGGUCCCAAAGAAAGGGGGGACCUCAUUACGUCCCAUCCUGGACCUUCGCAUUUUGAACUCGUAUCUCAGGAGAUACAAGUUUCGCAUGCUGACACACUCAACGCUGAUACGUUUGAUCCGACCGGGGGACUGGUUCACAUCAAUCGAUCUGAAAGACGCAUAUUUUCACAUUCCCAUUUAUCCUCCGCACAGGAAAUAUCUGAGGUUCGCUUUUCAGGACACAGUGUACGAGUACCUGGUACUCCCAUUUGGCCUGUCACUGAGCCCGAGGGUCUUUGUAAAAUGUGUCGACGCCGCUAUAGCCCCCCUCAGGGAGCGGGGUAUACGCGUGGCCACUUAUCUGGACGACUGGCUGCUGCUGGCGCGCUCAGAGCAAGAGGCUGCGGCGCACACGAGCAUUGUACUGACACACCUGGCCGAUCUCGGUUUUGUGGUGAACAGGGAAAAGAGUGUGUUAACGCCGAGUCAGGAAAUUGCCUUUCUGGGUCUCACGUUAAAUUCACUAACCUACACGGCUCGCCUGUCAGCCGAGAGAGUGCACACUUUCAGGUCCACUCUCUCUCAUUUUGCCAUAACACGUCGGGUCACGUACGGACUGUGCCUCAGGUUAUUGGGACUGAUGGCCUCAACAAUAUUGGUGGUGAGGCUGGGCAGGCUGUACAUGAGAGAUUUUCAGCGCUGGGUGGCUUCUCUCAGACUGGAUCCUGUGCGCCACAGACGCCGCAGUGUGACGGCUUGCGCGUCCUGCGCCCUCGCGCUGCUACCAUGGCAACGCCCGUCUAUGUUGACAGCGGGGGUGCGCAUGGGCGCAAUAUCUGCCAGAAAAGUGGUCACAACGGACGCCAGCCUGUCAGGCUGGGGCGGUCUGUUCGAGGGCAGAUCCGCGAAUGGGAUGUGGAGCACGGAUCUCAAACAUGCCCAUAUAAAUUAUCUGGAGUUGAUGGCAGUGUUUCUGACGCUGAAACAUUUUCUGCCGUUCCUCCGGGGACAUCAUGUGUUAGUGAGGACGGACAAUACGACCACGGUGGCGUAUAUCAAUCGUCAGGGGGGUCUACGUUCCCUACAGUUACACACUCUUGCACGCAGACUGAUAUUAUGGGGCGAGGAGCAUCUCCUCUCAGUGAGAGCGACCCACGUUCCCGGAAUUCAGAAUGUGGGUGCGGACCUUUUGUCCAGGGGAAAUCCUCUCUAUGCGGAGUGGAAACUUCACCCGGCUGUAGUAGCUCAGAUUUGGUCACAUUUCGGCCGCGCAACAGUGGAUCUGUUUGCGUCGAGGGGGAACACACAGUGCCCACUGUUCUUCUCCCUGCACGACCAGAGCGCACCGCUGGGGCUGGAUGCGUUCGCUCACAAGUGGCCGCGCGUCCUGCUUUACGCUUUUCCACCUCUGGCUCUGAUUCCCCCGACACUGCUCAGGGUGCGGGAGAAUCGUCUGUCACUAAUUUUAAUCGCUCCUCACUGGCCGUCCAUGCACUGGCUGGCGGAAGUGAGACAGCUCCUCCACGGUCACCCAUGGCCUCUCCCGCUGCGCAGGGACCUGCUCUCCCAGGCGUGCGGACAGAUAUUUCACCCUCAUCCGGAGCACCUCGCCCUGUGGGCUUGGCCCAAUGCCAGAGCAUCAUCCACUAGGUCUCUUUAUGACUGUAAGUGGAGAUUGUUUGAGGAUUGGUGUGCUAAGGCACAGGAAAUCCCUUUUCAAUGUCCAGUUGGUACAGUCCUGUCCUUCCUGCAGGACUUGAUUGAUCAAAAGAGGGCAUUUUCUACUGUCAAAGUUUACUUGGCAGCUAUUUCUGCUUGCCAUGUUGGAUUUGAUGGGAAACCAGUGGGCCAACACCCCCUGGUUUGUCGUUUUAUGAAGGGUGCACGGAGGUUGCUGCCCGUCUCUAAGACUAUGUCACCAUCAUGGGAUCUAACAGUGGUGCUUGGAGCCCUCUCUAGUCAUCCUUUUGAACCAUUGGAUAACGUGGACAUGAAAACGUUAUCCUUGAAGGUGGCUCUGUUAUUGGCUUUGGCUACAGCUAAACGUGUAAGUGAUAUUCACGCUUUAUCUGUACAUCCAGCAUGUAUGCGGUUCACCCCGGGGAACCUUGGGGUGACGCUGAGACCGAAUCCUGCAUUUGUUCCAAAGGUUGUUAAACCAUGCUCCCCAGUGGAACUGUCAGCUUUUCAGCCACCUCCCUAUGGUUCUGCAGAACAGCAGCGGUUACACAUGCUGUGCCCUGUCCGUGCCUUACACACAUAUGUGGAAAGGACAAGGAGCUUUAGAAAAGGGGAUCAGUUGUUUGUGUCCUGGGCUAAGCCCCACUGGGGCAAACCUGUCACCAAACAAAGACUCUCUCACUGGAUAGUGGACGCCAUUGCAUUGGCCUACUCCAGCUCAGGCCUUCAGGUUCCGACUGGUUUACGGGCACAUUCUACUAGAGGUCUCACGACCUCUUGGGCCCUGUUCAAGGGAGUCUCUAUCCAAGACAUCUGCGCUGCAGCUAGCUGGUCUUCUCCCCUCACAUUUGCGAGGUACUACAGGUUGGAUGUCACAUCCCCUGGCCUGACCAACGCUGUCUUGAGCGUGGGCUCCAAUGUGGAUCUCACUUUUAAGUGA